CUUAUCAUCUUCUUUAUCUGCCUCCCCCUUUAAAAUUCUCCAUUUCUGCAAGGCUGUAGGUUGGGUUUUUAUAUAAAAAGGAUAUACAAAAGAGAGAGAGAGAGAAGAGAGAGAAAGUGAAAUCUCUGCCUGCCUUUGGUUUUUUCUUUUUUUUUGGUUAAGAGAGAAAGUUAUUUUAAUCUCUUAAAGGGUCUGAAACUCGAUCUCUUCUAAAGAACAAGAUCUGGUGAUUUUCGUUUCAGCGUUGGGAUUUGAAACGGGGCGGCUUCGAUGUCGUCUCUCAGUAGAGAGCUUGUUUUCUUGAUCUUACAGUUCCUAGAUGAGGAAAAGUUUAAAGAGACUGUUCACAAGCUUGAACAGGAAUCUGGGUUUUUCUUCAAUAUGAAAUAUUUUGAGGAUGAAGUGCAUAAUGGAAAUUGGGAUGACGUUGAGAAAUACCUCUCUGGUUUUACCAAGGUCGAUGACAAUCGAUAUUCCAUGAAAAUCUUUUUCGAGAUAAGAAAGCAGAAGUAUCUUGAGGCAUUGGAUAAGCAUGAUCGAUCCAAAGCUGUGGAGAUAUUAGUUAAGGAUUUGAAAGUUUUUGCUACAUUUAAUGAGGAACUUUUUAAGGAAAUCACUCAGCUUCUGACGUUGGAGAAUUUCAGAGAGAAUGAACAGUUGUCAAAAUAUGGAGAUACAAAGUCAGCUAGAGCAAUCAUGUUAGUUGAACUCAAGAAGCUUAUUGAAGCAAAUCCUUUAUUCCGUGACAAAUUGCAGUUCCCGACCCUUAAAAAUUCGAGGUUACGAACCCUGAUUAAUCAGAGCUUGAAUUGGCAGCAUCAACUUUGUAAAAACCCAAGACCAAAUCCAGAUAUAAAAACUCUCUUUGUGGAUCACUCAUGUGGGCAGCCAAAUGGUGCACGAGCACCAUCACCUGCCAAUAAUCCACUUCUUGGAUCCUUACCAAAAGCUGGAGGUUUUCCUCCCUUAGGUGCUCAUGGGCCUUUUCAACCUACGCCUGCACCGGUUCCAGCACCCCUUGCAGGUUGGAUGUCAAAUCCUUCAGCUGUAACUCAUCCAGCAGUUUCAGCUGGUGCCAUUGGUCUUGGUGCGUCUUCAAUACCAGCUGCGUUGAAGCAUCCAAGGACUCCUCCAACUAAUCCGUCUGUAGACUACCCAUCUGCAGACUCUGAUCAUGUUUCCAAAAGGGCCCGGCCCAUGGGGAUUUCCGAUGAGGUAAAUCUGCCAGUUAAUGUGCUGCAGGUAACAUUUCCGGGCCAUGGUCACAGUCAAACUUUCAUUGCACCUGACGAUCUUCCGAAGGCUGUUGCAAGAACUCUGAAUCAGGGUUCAUCUCCUAUGAGCAUGGAUUUCCAUCCUGUUCGGCAGACUCUACUUCUAGUUGGUACCAACGUUGGAGACAUUGCCUUGUGGGAAGUUGGCUCUCGGGAGCGGCUGGUUUCAAAGAACUUCAAAGUUUGGGAUCUUAGUGUUUGUUCAAUGCCUCUUCAGGCUGCUCUAGUCAAAGAUCCUGCUGUCUCUGUAAAUCGUGUAAUUUGGAGUCCCGAUGGUUCUUUAUUCGGAGUUGCUUAUUCAAGGCAUAUUGUGCAAAUAUAUUCUUACCAUGGUGGUGAUGAAGUUCGACAGCAUCUCGAGAUUGAUGCUCAUGUCGGUGGAGUAAAUGAUAUUGCAUUCUCUCUUCCAAAUAAGCAACUUUGUGUAAUAACUUGCGGUGAUGACAAGACAAUUAAGGUGUGGGAUGCUUCCAAUGGUACGAAGCAGUAUACCUUUGAAGGUCACGAGGCUCACGUGUAUUCUGUCUGCCCUCACUAUAAAGAGAACAUUCAGUUUAUCUUUUCAACUGCCUUAGAUGGAAAGAUAAAGGCAUGGUUGUAUGAUAAUAUGGGAUCGCGGGUUGACUAUGAAGCUCCUGGUCGGUGGUGCACAACCAUGGCCUACAGUGCUGAUGGUACAAGGCUUUUUUCAUGUGGAACCAGUAAAGAAGGGGAGUCAUUUAUCGUAGAAUGGAAUGAAAGUGAAGGGGCUGUGAAGAGGACCUAUCAAGGAUUCCGCAAACGUUCUUUAGGUGUUGUGCAAUUUGAUACAACUAAGAACCGGUAUUUGGCUGCUGGUGACGAUUUCUCGAUAAAAUUCUGGGAUAUGGACAAUGUUCAACCUUUGACCAGUUAUGAUGCCGAAGGAGGCCUUCCUGCAAGCCCACGGAUCCGCUUUAAUAAAGAUGGCUCUCUCCUGGCUGUUUCAGCCAAUGAUAACGGAAUUAAGAUUUUGGCCAAUUCAGAUGGUAUGCGAUUGCUGCGCACUUUGGAGAAUCUGUCUUAUGAUAACUCAAGAACACCGGAAGCUCCUAAACCAACAAUAAAUCCAAUCUCAACUGCAGCAGCAGCUACUAGUGCUGCACUUGCAGACAGAAGUGCAUCUGUGGUUGCUAUACCUGGAAUGAAUGGGGAUGUCAGGAGUUUUGCGGAUGUGAAACCCAGAAUAACAGAAGAAUCUAGUGAUAAAUCAAAGAUUUGGAAGCUCACCGAAAUCAGUGAAUCUUCUCAGUGUCGAUCCUUGAGGCUUCCUGAAAACUUGAGGGUGACCAAGAUAUCAAGGUUAAUCUUCACAAAUUCCGGUAAUGCUAUCCUGGCGUUAGCAUCAAAUGCUAUUCACUUGCUUUGGAAAUGGCAGCGAAGUGAUCGUAAUUCAAAUGGCAAGGCAACUGCCAGUGUAUCACCUCAGUUGUGGCAACCAUCAAGUGGCAUUCUUAUGACAAAUGAUGUUGCUGAUACAAAUCCAGAAGAGGCUGUUCCUUGUUUUGCUUUAUCUAAGAAUGAUUCUUAUGUAAUGUCAGCAUCUGGAGGAAAGAUUUCCCUGUUUAAUAUGAUGACAUUUAAGACAAUGGCAACUUUCAUGCCACCGCCACCUGCCGCGACUUUUCUUGCAUUCCACCCACAAGAUAAUAAUAUUAUUGCUAUUGGCAUGGAUGAUUCAACAAUUCAGAUAUAUAAUGUCCGUGUGGAUGAGGUGAAGAGUAAACUCAUAGGUCACUCCAAAAGAAUAACUGGCCUUGCCUUCUCUCAUGCACUGAAUGUGCUUGUCUCAUCCGGGGCAGAUUCUCAGCUUUGUGUAUGGAACACUGAUGGAUGGGAAAAGCAGAAGACUAAAUUCUUGCAGAUUCCUGUUGGGAUAACACCAACUGCACAAUCAGAGACACGCGUACAAUUCCAUCAAGACCAGAUACGUCUUCUUGUUGUACAUGAGACUCAGCUUGCCUUAUACGAAACAACGAAGUUGGAAUGUUUUAAGCAGUGGGUCCCUCGUGAAUCUUUCGCGCCAAUUACUCAUGCAACAUUUUCAUGUGAUAGCCAACUGGUAUAUGCCAGCUUUUUGGAUGCAACUAUUUGUGUGUUUGUUGCUGCAAACCUCAGACCACGUUGCCGUAUAAAUCCCUCUGCUUAUCUGCCAGCUAGUGUCAGGUAUUUGGAUUUUGCCUGCUGUUAUAAUUUGAGUCCAUUUGAACUUGGAAUGGCUGCUACACUAUCCAUCUCAGAUAUAACUAUUCUUAUUCAGAAACGGUCUUUUCCUCUAUGUUGCAGCUCCAAUGUUCACCCUCUUGUAAUUGCUGCUCAUCCAUCAGAGCCAAAUGAAUUUGCGGUGGGACUCUCCGAUGGAGGGGUUCAUGUCUUCGAGCCCCUAGAGUCUGAAAACAGAUGGGGAGUGCCUCAAUCAGCAGACAACGGGUCAGCCAGCAGUAUAACAGCGACACCUUCAGUUGCAGCUCAAGGAUCAGAACAAGCGCAAAGAUGAUGAUGAAAACGGGUGAUGGAGCACAAGUUUCUUUUAUAUACUUGGCUUGCAGGCCCAUCUAAUUUAGGUAUGCUGUUUUUUUUCCCAGUGUCAAAUUUGUCAAGAAACAUAAACAGUAUUGAUGGAAAGGAAAGACAAGACAAUGCCAAAAACAAGUUGAUCCAAUAAAUUGGGUCGUUCACCAUUUUGAACUACAACUGAAUUCAAGUUCCAUAACUACAACAUUAUUUCAUGGUGUUUGUUAGAGCAGCAAUUCAUAAAAUUGCCUAUUUCAAGUUCUCUA